CCUCGUGUCAAUUCAUCAGUUCCGUUGGCACAAACAUGGCUAGUCGUUGGGGUCGUAAUGCACCUUAUGGUGGUGGUGCAGGUGGUGGCAGUAGUGGCGGUGGUGGUUAUAUGGGUUCUGGGGUUGUAGGUGUGGGAUUUUACAUGGGCGGACCUUCGCCGAACGAUCGCAGACCCUACAAUGCUACACCUGUCGCUAAGCCUUUCUAUGGUGGAUAUCGAGAUGAUAAUUACAACAGACGGUCAGACCGACGAGAUGAUUUUCGCGGCGGUAAGCGUGGUCAGCCAAAAGGCCGUAGUCCAGAGAAACGUUAUCAUGAUCCUGCAUCUAACCAGCGUAAAGACCAUAGACCUUUCGGGAAACGGCCAUCGUCCUUCGCACGCUACGAGGUGAAGAUUCCAAAAAGUCUUUUCAAUAUAUCUUCGGCGUCACUGCCUGACCUUCGACACCGGUAUCCUCGUUUAAACAUAUCAGCCGACUUCUACGAGUGCACGUCCUCAUGGGUGGAUUCGUUUCCCAUGCACAAUCCCUUUAAGCUGGGAAGUGGGACUGAUUAUCAUGUUUUCCAUCGUGAUGUUGAUUCUCCCACUCAACCAGACUCCACUCUCCUGAACCCUCCCGAUGCAGAUUAUUCCUACUCAGCGAGGGUCAUGCUAAUGGCAUGCCCUCAACUCGGUGAGUUGUACAAGAAUACUUGUAGUAUGGCGGAUGACGUCAGUGGAGCUGACAAGGUUCUACCUGAUAAGAGCAUACACUUUUUGGUUGGUGGUCGAGCGAAGAGUGAAACUAUGGCUCUUGGUGGACCCUGGUCACCAAGCCUAGAUGGACUCGAUCCUCAGGGAGAUCCAAGAACACUUAUCAACACAGCUAUCCGGACGUUCAAAGGCUUGACCGGACUAGAUUUGUCUUCUUGCACAGAAUGGGUCAGAUUUAUGGAGAUCAAGUACUAUCGCAUGCCUGAUACGAAAGCUCCAGCUUUCACGGAAGCUGAGGAAGAAAGAGAAAUAACUUCGGAGCGUCCUGAGGUCGUAGUAUUCUUUAUUCCGAAUGCGGCCCACCUAAUUCCUUCAGAAGAAGAAUGGGCUAAGACUAAAGAGUACUACAAUUCUGCGCUUCAGAAGCUGUUGACUGACGAGAAGGCUGAGCAGGACGGGGUGGUUGAACAGCAAGACGGCGAAACAAGUGCUAUGGAUGCCAGUAUGGAGGAGUCUGAAGAGGCCGGCACACGAUCAGAUAUGGAGCCGACCCAUUAUUCUAAGCUCGAUGUAAAUAGUCUGAAGGUCAGUGACCUACGAAACGAGCUAGCAGCUAGAAAGUUGGAUACUAAGGGUUUAAAGGUUAAUCUAGUGGCCCGCUUACAGAGUGCUUUGGAUGAGGAGAAGAAGGCAGAUGCACCGGAAGAAAUGAAGGUUGAUGAGGAUUCUAAAGCCGAACAGACUCCGAAUAAGAUCGCUUCGCCGUCUGCGACGCAACCAAAGGAUGAUUCAAAGGACCUCUCUGAGAAAGAACGCCGGCGUUUGGAACGCCUCUAUCGUCUUGGUGAUAAGCCAGCCAUCGUUAUCCAUCCAAACAAGUCAGCUAAGGGGGGUCGAUUCGACUGUCAUCGUGUUUCGUUGUUCUCUCUCCUCGACUAUCGUACCGAAGAUCAAAAAGAGCACAACUUUGAAGUAUCCCUGUUCGCUGAACAGUUCCAUGAAAUGCUCCAGCGAGAUGCAGCCUUCACAAUUUUCAAGGCGAUUCACGAUGCGCCUGAGAAAGAAACUAAACCUGAACAGGAUGGAAAGCUCGAAAACGGCAUCGAUUCUGACGAGCCUGAUGCCAAAAGACGCAGAAAUGACAGCCAAAAUGGCCACGACGAAGAGGAGGAAGUCAAGGUGCGUCGCCUUAGGCGCACCGUGAACCCAUCCCUCCUGUUUGCCUUCACCUACCUUGAUGUGAGCCGCGCAGGGUAUAUACGCGAACAUGAUUUGUGCGAAAUCCUCCACCUCCUCGGGCUAAGAUAUUCUCGUACUCAGAUGCGCAAACUUGUGGCCAGAGUAGCUACACGCCGCGACCACGUGUCAUACCACAGCUUGACAGACAGUGACAUUGUCGAGGGUGAUGACAAGGAUGUUGUUUCCAUGGAUUUAGCCGAAAAAGAAGAUGUAGAAGUAACAAGAAUGCUUGCACUUGGUAACCGAGCUCUUUUCGACAUGACAGUUCCAGAGACACCUGCAAGAAUUGUUCUUGGGGGUGGGGAUUCAGAACAAAUGUUGAGACGUAUGGAGCAGGCUGAGGCUAUUAAACAGAAGCUAGAAUUCCAAUUCUUCCAGAUAAAGGAUGAGCUAGAGAAAACGCGGGUCAAGGUAAACUCGUUCAAAGACACAGAGGAUGAGCUGAGGGCGGAGAAUCGUGAUUUGACCUCUCGCCUGAAGACCGAGCAGAAGCUAAUGCACGAGUACAAAAGUCAGGCAAACACUUACAAUCACUUGCUGCGUUCAGCUAGAGAUCAAAUGGAUCGUGUUCUUUUUGACAUCAACAAGCAGUUCGACAAAGAAAAAGCAAAACGAGAGGCUGAAAAGGCUGCAGCUGAUGCGGAGAAGAACAAGACAGAGGAAGAAGCUAACAAGCAGAAAGUGGAAGAAAAGGAUGAUAAAGUCGAAGAUGGCGCAAAACCUGAAGAGAAAGAGUGGGAAGUCGUUGACGCUGUCUGAUCCUGGAUACUGCAUUUAUUGUUAAGCGUUUGGCUACUCACUUUUCGUAUGUACGUCAUUUAAUUAAAACUCAGUUUCGCCAUGCACUUCAAAUACACUGCAUAAGUAUUUUCAAACCCAGACUUUUGACAGCUCCACAGUGGUCUUGUUUCUAACAGGUUUCGUGGUAUGUAUAUGGGUAUGUUCCGAGUUAGGUAGGUGUUGGUUACCUCUGUACAGCUUGGGUCGACGCCGGGUAGCGUGCUGAGUAAUGAACCG